AACGUGGACGGUGAACGAGUUCAGUCUGAAGAAUGUGGACUUUGAUAAAUUCGGCAUGAAUGGAGCCAGCCUGUGUGCAAUGGGGAAAGACCGCUUCUUAGACUUAGCACCUGAUUUUGUGGGUGACAUCCUCUGGGAACAUUUAGAAAUGCUCCAGAAAGAGGAUACAAAGCAUUACCCCAUCAAUGGAUUGACCUCCAACUUCCAGGAAUCUCGCUAUACCUCAGACUAUUUUGUCAGCUACGGCGUGGAGCAUGCUCAGUGCGUCCCUCCGUCUGAAUACUCAGAGCCGGGCUUCAUCACGGAGUCCUACCAGACGCUUCACCCCAUCAGCUCGGAGGAACUGCUGACUCUCAAGUAUGAGAGCGUACCUGCCGUCAUCCUCCGAGACACGGCCCUCAACUCCAUGCAGGGCGACUAUUUUUCCAUCAAGCAGGAGGUCGUCUCCCCUGACAACAUGUGUGUGGGACGCCUGAGUAGAGGUAAGCUCGGUGGACAGGACUCCUUUGAGAGCAUCGAGAGCUUCGAGAGCUGUGACCGGCUGACCCAGUCGUGGAGCAGCCAGUCUUCGUUCAGCAGUCUGCAGCGGGUACCGUCGUACGACAGCUUCGACUCGGAGGACUACCCCACCGCUUUGCAUGGCCACAAGCCCAAGGGCACCUUCAAAGACUAUGUGAGGGAGCGCUCAGACCUCAGCAAGGACAAGCCCGUCAUCCCGGCAGCAGCACUGGCAGGAUACACAGGCAGCGGCCCCAUCCAGCUGUGGCAGUUUCUCCUGGAGCUGCUGACCGACAAGUCCUGCCAGUCCUUCAUCAGCUGGACAGGCGAUGGCUGGGAGUUUAAGCUCUCUGACCCUGAUGAGGUCGCUCGGAGGUGGGGCAAGAGAAAAAACAAGCCCAAGAUGAAUUAUGAGAAGCUGAGCCGUGGCCUACGCUACUACUACGACAAGAACAUCAUCCACAAGACGUCUGGGAAGCGCUACGUCUACCGCUUUGUCUGUGACUUGAAAAGCCUGCUGGGCUACACUCCCGAGGAGCUGCACGCCAUGCUGGACGUAAAGCCCGACACGGACGAGUGAAACGGAACCGCCAGGAGGAAGCCAGAGACAAAAAUAUGAGGAGCCGCACGGACCGAGGCUCGUAAAGUGGUCUUAACUGUUUGAUAGAGUCGGUUAACCAUUUUCUUGGGGACCAAAAAUGUUUUUAAUGACUAAGUGUGGUCUUUGUUACCUUCGAGCUCCGUGUCUCAGACCAGAUUUUAGCAAAAGAAGAAGGCAGAAGCCAAAAACCUGUAUUCCUACCCUGUCGCAUUUGAGGAGAGUGCGACUGUGUGCGAGUGUGUGUGCGAGAGAGAAGAGAUAUAUAAUGGUAUUAAUUAGUAGCUCAAGGCAGAAGAAGCGCUAUCGGGUAGAGUUCAGGUUUUUUUUUUUUCUGAGUAGCAGAGAAAGCCGAGACACAGUGUGAGAGAACCGAGAAAAAGCAAAAUAAAGUGAUUCAUUUCAUUGCUGGGGCUAAACGGAAAGCGGCGGAAGGUUUCCGCGAAGACAACGGUUGCCAAAAUGUAAAAAAAAAAAAAAAAA